ACGCACCCACCAGUGGAGGAGCGUGCACAGACAGCCUCGGUGCAGCAGUGACACAAAGAGAGAGAGAGAGGGGGGGGGAGACUAGACUGUGUGAAAGUAACAGACCAUCACAAACUAUCUCUCUAGCAUGACGUCUGCAGCCUCCCUGGACUGAGCGCGCCGCGAUGGAGAGGAGCAUCCCGGGCUGGUGCGCGCUGGUGGCGCUGGUCGCGCACGGCUGCAUGGCGGCCAAGGAGCUCCAGUGCCAGGAGAUCUCCGUGCCUCUGUGCAAGGGGAUCGGCUACAACUACACCUACAUGCCCAACCAGUUCAACCACGACACGCAGGACGAAGCCGGCCUGGAGGUGCACCAGUUCUGGCCGCUGGUGGAGAUCAAGUGCUCCCCGGACCUGCGCUUCUUCCUCUGCAGCAUGUACACGCCGAUCUGCCUGGAGGACUACAAGAAGCCGCUGCCGCCGUGCCGGAGCGUGUGCGAGCGAGCCAAGGCCGGCUGCGCGCCGCUCAUGAGGCAGUACGGGUUCCCGUGGCCGGACCGGAUGCGGUGCGACCUGCUGCCCGAGCAAGGCAACCAGGACACGCUGUGCAUGGACUACAACCGCAGCCAGACCACCACGGCGUCUCCCGUGUUGGCCAAGCCGAGCAACCGACCCCCGAAGCCGUACAACCCCAGGAAGAAGAGCGGCAACGGGAAGCACAAACCGGCGGCGUCCCCGUGCGAGCCGGGCUGCUUCUGCCGCGCGCCCAUGGUGCCGGUGACCGGCGACGGGCACCCGCUGCGCAACCGCGUCAAGACGGGUCAGAUCCCGAACUGCGCCGUGCCGUGCCGCAGCCCCUUCUUCACCCAGGAGGAGAGGACUUUCACCGCCUUCUGGAUCGGCCUGUGGUCCGUCCUGUGUUUCAUCUCCACCUUCGCGACCGUGGCCACUUUUUUGAUCGACAUGGAGAGGUUCAAGUAUCCGGAGCGGCCCAUCAUCUUCCUCUCCGCGUGCUACAUGUUCGUGUCCGUUGGCUACAUCGUGAGGCUGAUCGCGGGUCACGAGGAAGUGGCGUGCAACCGGGAGAACGGCGCGGAGCACAUCCACUACGAGACCACGGGUCCUGCGCUCUGCACCGUCGUCUUCCUGCUCAUCUACUUCUUCGGCAUGGCCAGCUCCAUCUGGUGGGUGAUCCUGUCCCUCACCUGGUUCCUGGCCGCCGGCAUGAAGUGGGGGAACGAGGCGAUCGCCAGUUACGCGCAGUACUUCCACUUGGCAGCCUGGCUCAUCCCCAGCAUGAAGUCCAUAGCAGUUCUGGCCCUGAGCUCCGUGGACGGGGACUCCGUGGCCGGGAUCUGCUACGUGGGGAACCAGAACUUGGAUAACCUGCGGGGUUUCGUGUUGGCCCCGCUGGUCAUCUACCUGUUCAUCGGGACCAUGUUCCUGCUGGCCGGGUUCGUCUCCCUGUUCCGGAUCAGGAGCGUCAUCAAGCAAGGGGGCACCAAGACCGACAAGCUGGAGAGGCUGAUGAUCCGGAUCGGGGUUUUCACAGUUCUCUACACCGUCCCGGCCACCGUCAUAGUGGCCUGCUACUUUUACGAGCAGCACAACCGACAGGCGUGGGAAAUCACGCACAACUGCACGUGCGUGGCGGACCCGAGCCGGCCGAGGCCGGACUACGCCGUGUUCAUGCUCAAGUACUUCAUGUGCCUCCUGGUGGGCAUCACGUCCGGGGCCUGGAUCUGGUCCGGGAAGACCCUCGACUCGUGGCGGACUUUUUGCACGCGCUGCUGCUGGGGGAGCAAAGCCUCGGCGGGCUCCAUGUACAGUGACGUCAGCACGGGGCUGACCUGGAGGUCCGGGACGGCCAGCUCGGUCUCCUGCCCCAAACAGAUGCCUCUGUCCCGGGUCUGAGCGGGGGAGGAGAGGUGUGUGUGUGGUGGGGGGGGGGGGGGGGGUUCA